UUGAUAAUAGCCAACAUGGCUGUAUCAAAAUUGUUCGUGCCAAUUUAUGGCACUAAAAUUCGCUUUUAUCCAUUUUGUGAAUGUGACUGUAAAAUUAUAUAUUUUCUCCUCAAAGUUUCAAUUCAAUCUGACGGUUUAAAACACCACGCUAAGAUCAUUCAAAGUUUCUCCCCCCGCAGGUCAUUCAAUUUAAGUUUUUCCUCCCUCUUUCUCUCCCCUCCAUUCUUUUGCCUCCCAAAGGAAGAAGAAGAAGAAGAAGAACAAUCUCCAUCCUUUCUCUCAUUUCCUUUCUACAUUCGCCGGUAAAUUUCAUCUCUCUUCUCCCGUCAUCGUCGGUGCGGCGAAAAUGCACGGAGAGAUGGGCGGAAGCGGCUUCCUCGUUCUCUGCUUCGUCUCUGUUUUGGCGAUGCGGCGGUGCUUCGCCGUGGACGUGAAUAAUCCGGCGGAGGUGCAGCUCCUCACGCGCACCGUCUCGAACAAGCUGAAGAAUUUCACCGCCCUCUUCGGCGACAAAAUCACCGACCAAUUGGGGUUUUGCAUUGAGAAUGUCAGAAAAGUUCUAGCAAUUCUCAUCCCUUGCUCCUACUUCUGUUGCUUAGAUACUCGAAUUGAACAUUCCAAUUCAUGUACUACAAAAACAGCGACCAGUUUCGGUCCUCUCAUCCCUCAGGUUUCUGGAUCGACUCAGCUUCCUGAUCAUCGCCCUAAGCUUGGUCUGCAGCCCUUCGUCGCCAGCAGCUUCACAGAAGGCACGCAAAGUGUUUGUCCAAAUGCCCUAAGGGAAAAUCCUAUGCUUUCUGAAAUGAACUCUGCUCUGGGGAAGUCAUCUUGGGGUGUGGUGGUGGAGGACAUCACGCAUUGGUCUAUCGUUCAUUUUCCAACAAGAAUGCACCUCCCUCCUUACCCCCAAUCAGUGACCAAAGAGGUGUCUGCCCUUGUUAGAGGCCAACAGGUGAACCAGCAAGGGUCUUCCAUGGAAGAUUUCCCUUUGCUACCCGCUCUCAAAUCACAGCCAAGCAGUUCCAUUUUGCUCCCUUUGGUAGCCACAACCACUGGACCAGUUUGGGCGUGGCACCAGCGUGGUCAAGGGGCUCCCUCAUUUGCACAAAAUUUAGCACCAAAAGUGGCCCAUAUGCAGAUGGUUCUCCCCCUUUUACCUGAUCGUAAGGUUAUCAUGCAUAGAAACACCCCAACUGUUAGGUUCAAGCAAAGUGAGGAGGGGAUCCACUCUGCAACUGUUAGGUUCAACUGAUCGUUCAAAGUUCAUCCAUUGUGCUACUCAUUUUGU